AUGCACACAAUCACGGACAAAAGCUCCUCGUCGACGUGGGGGCUCGUAUGGUGUGUUUUCGCUGUAGAACACAACACCGCGGAGUUUUUCCAGGUUGGAUCCCUUCUGCAUCCAGUGACAUUUUUCAGGAACCAACUAAAGAAGGAGUUCGGGCAGGACUCGUGCAUUCAGGC